GCAGUUGUGUGAACGCCGAUGAAGACACCAACAUCAUAUAUUUACGCUAUAUACAGCAUUAUUUCAUUUCUGAACCGCUGGUACGUUUGAAUGCGGAAUAGCACAUGGGUGACGACGUAUGCCAAUCUAGUUCCCUAGAACGUGCUCAUUCUUUGGCUGAUCUGGGCUGCUCCGUAUGUACUAACACUACUUGGCCAGGAACCGGGGACGAAACGUUGCGAACAGCUUCACUAGGCGCAUCUACUGUCACUGCUAUCAACACAAAACAAAUUUUCGGCACUUCUCUCUCGUCCUCGAAACUCUCGCCCAAUCCAUCAUGCGGCCUCUCUCGUUCUGGAAAUUCUUUGCGCAGUGCUGUUUUGUCAAGGCAACCUUCGUUUGAUUUUGGCGGAGAGGGAAAGUUAUCCUCCACUCAGGUGAAACAGCGGUUGAAAACGCAUCUACUUAACCGUCGGAGACGUGGCAACACUGCUGAUCGUUUGCGUCGAGGCGAUGACACCUGCUCAGAUUCGUCUGCUGCCUCUAUGGAUGCUCCUGGGCAACCAGCCGCGUACUGGCACAGCGCGGACUCUGCGAAUUCCAUCGACUUGGAUCCUGGUGACAAUGUUUCAGCAAUGAAAUUCCCCACGCAACAUCGCUCACUUGACCUGAGCCUUGUGCGUGACUCCACAGACUCCGUGCCCGUGUGCUGUGGUAAAUCGUUUGCCGAUCACGUGCCCCAUCUCUCCACACCACACUCGCAUGGUCCACCUCAUCUUUUGGGUCCCGCAGUUCUAAACGCUAUCGAACAGCUUACUGGUCGCGCUGAAUUGCAGUCCAUGCAGAGCACAUCUUCCAAGAGAUUUCCAUUUGACCAACCGCAUUCCGUUGACGACGAUCGGAGAGUUCAAUCCGAGUCUGAUCUAUGUGAGCUGUCACGCCUCGUUCGCUUCCUGUCACAUUAUAUUUCCAAUUAUCCAUCGGAAUUGCCCACCUCACAUCGAAGUAGGGCGCGUUCGCUGACUAGUCAGCAUCAUCUCGCAUUUAUGUGGAGUCACUUGCCGCCCGGGAGCCAUCUGCUUUCUCAACCGGUGACUGCACGGCCCACUGUUUUGGGACCUCUUAUGGAACCGCCACAUGUCACCGGUUCCGAUGACUCAUCACCUACUCAGAUGCUCCGCUCAAGGGACGAAGGUUCCAAUGACAAAACACCAUGCAUGGACCAGUCGAGCACAUUUCCUUUGCGAACGGCACCUCAUACUUCUGUCGGAACCCUUGGUGUCAAUGACUUCAGUAUCGAUAGCAUAACCGACGAACCGAUGAAGUCUACUUACGUGGAGCGACCCCCGAGUACCACCAGUCGAGACCCCGAAGCAGCCACCGCUGCAUCUUCGGCUCUGCCAAUGGUCACCCCUUCAACCGCCCUGCGAAGCACCACCCCCUGCUGCAUCGGAAGCGGUGGUGAAACCGCGAUGGAGUGGGAAAGCGCAUUAUACACCGCCAACUUCCAUCCCUCCUGCUCCUCUACGGGCCCUCCAUCUGAUGAGCCUUCCGUUUGCGGUGUUGUACCGCGUGUGUCGGAGUUCAAUGACAGCGUGCUGUCGUUCUGGUCCAGGCUGCCCACAGAAGACUGGACGGCUCAACACGAGACAUCCGCGCACACAUCCACUGACUUCAACAUUUUACCAACCGCUUUAGCCUUUGAUCCGGAAAUGUUGGGCCACGCCUGUUUGUGUCCUGGUGCCCUAGACGUGUCCAUCCACCCGGAGAGUCCCGAACGCGUGCGGCUUAUACUCGAGCGUCUUAUGGAUUCAUUCCUACAAAUUCCUCCCAGCCUCUCACUCGGACCCACGGAUCUUUUACGAGUGCUGCAAGCGGCAGUGGCUAUCGAAAGCCCUUCGUUGCAACAAGAAUUGAAUAAGCUCACUAACUUGGACCCUGUAGUGCUAAAUUUGCUUCUCUCCCGAAUUCCACUCAUAGGGUUUUGUCGUCUCUUACGGGCCCGGAUGGUCACAGAUGAUGAAUUGUGCAUUUUCCACUCUAGAAAAUAUGUUAACGUUCUUGAUUACGCGACGCAAGCCUACGUGUCUAGCACGGCGGCGGUCCCUGCAUGCACAAAACCACAAACGGCACUCUCUGGAUGGGCGGCGGUACGUGACUCGUCUCAAUAUCUCUGCAAACUGGGCUGCGGAGGCCUGGGUGUGGACUCGGACACCGUGUGGAACCCUGUCACCACGGCGUACGCUGCCCGUCUCGCCGUUGGACAGGUAUUGUGUCUCGCUCAGAAAGUCAUACGCAAUGAGAUCCGUAAUGGUAUUGCACUCAUUCGACCUCCAGGACACCAUGCUGAACCCGAUCAACCCAUGGGGUUCUGCUACUUCAAUUCUGUCAGUAUUGCCGCUCUGCACAUGCUCCGAAAUCCACGUGUGUCCAGAGUGCUCAUCUUCGAUUGGGACAUCCACCAUGGGAACGGAACCAAAUUAGCGACAUCCCAUCACCCGGGAUUGCUCUACAUUAGCAUUCAUCGACACGACGGAGGCACCUUUUUCCCCGGAACCGGUUUCGUCACCGAGCAAGCAUUCAGAACAACGGACUUUUCUCCUCUCGAUGAGAAUUCACGCGACAAAACCGGACGCACGCAGUUAAUCAACAUCGCUUGGGAAUGCCCCGCACCCACGUCUGAAAGCUUGAACACCCACAACAGCGAACUGAACGCAGGCGAUCGCCGUGAAUUAUGGCGCCGAUCUUACUUUCGAAGUAGACAGGCUGCACGUAUUGAUCCAAAACUGCCCGACGAUCCGCACUGUUCCCUUGAAGUUUCUGCAAGCUCAGUGUGUCCUCCUGCCGGAGUUUCUGAUACGGAGUUUUGCUGCUGUUCUUGUCAUGGCAACAGCGGUAGUGAUGGUGUCCGUGCUGCUGGAAGCACUGGAAGUAGCCGACAGUGUUCUUUUUGUCUUUCUCAUUCCGCACCCUCUUCAAAUUCGUCGAUCCCCUCGGAGCGAAGUGUUCAUGGCUUUACACCCGCCUAUGGCGCCACGCGUUCCACUUUCCCAUCAAGCGGUACGGAGGACUCUUCCCUCCCGCCCAAUUUCAUGCGUCCCCCUCUACUCGGGUUGGGUGAUGCGGAAUAUUUGGCCGCCAUGCGAUGUGUUGUUGUCCCAAUCGCGCACGAGUUCCGUCCAGAUGUAAUCCUCAUUUCCGCCGGCUUCGAUGCUGCGCACGGACACGGAGAGGCGCUGGGCGGAUAUAAUGUAUCACCGGGAUGGUACGCGUGGGCAACUCGUCAGUGUCUAUCACUGGCCGAUAGUCGUGUGGUACUCGCUCUGGAAGGCGGCUACAUUCCCACCGUCAUAAGCGAUUGCUUCAACGCGUGUUUGAAUUCCCUGCUUCUUCCAUGUCCUUCGGAACAAUGGGUCCCGUAUCUGGGCUCUCCAUGUGUCACUAGUUCGGAUUCCCCUUCUUGCCUUUCGAGUGCGCAUUUGGAUGUGUUACGAAGCGCCUCGGAUUGGAUUUCUCAUUCGGAACUUCAUCGUCGCCCACGUACAGAGGCAGUUGCCAACUUGCUGUCCACCAUCCGAUUCCACGCCAGCCGGGGAUGGCGAUGCAUGCAGGAUGUGUGCGAUGACAAUGUGGCUUUGUCAUUCAUGGAAGCGAUCCAACUGGAGCAAUACCGAUGUUGUUCCGCAACCACAACUUCACAGUUCUCUCACGCUGACUAUGAUUCCAAGGCCUGCCAAUCCCCAUUAACAGCCGGUUUCGCGCAGCUGCGAAUGGACCACAGCUGACAACCGGGAGACUUUCUUUUCUCUCCUGUACACAUUUCUACAAGUGAUCCCUCCACGCUGUUCCGUCCUCGCGCACAUGUUCAUGUCAAUCCCCAUAUAUAUUAAGCUCGCUAGUCGCCUAUUCCUUUAUUUCAUCAGAGUACCACUUUGUUUCCAAUCUCACUCAUAUAUGUAUUCCACCCGAUCGAAUCACCUUUUGUAUAUAUCUUAUUGCAUAUUCUAACUUUCUUAUCAUCCUACAUGAAUGAACUACUUCUCAUCUCUCUUUUGCCAGUGCUUUUCAUCCGGAUGCGUUCCUCCGCUUUUUUUCUACUAUUGCCUUGAUUUUAAACAUUGCCUUGUAUUCCAUUCUUCUUGUGUUUUCCGUGUACCAAGAAUGUGAUAUUUGUUCCCUAAUUUCCAUUUUGAUUAUCUCAUUUAUUUGUGGUUCUUUCUUCCUCAGAUUAUGCACUGUAUUCGAAUACCUUCGAUGAGAUCUUGGCUCUUUGCUUACGGUUUGCUCUUUUCCUCAUUCUCCUUUAUGCACAUGCUUUGUUCAGGUCAUUUAACCUGGCCCUUCGUGCGCCCCCUGUUUUUGUGACUCGCGUAGCGUUUUCCGAUGCUAAAAUCCCGGCGUACUUCUGUUUUCUACAUAAUUGUCAUCCUUUCCUCCCAUUAUUCCAUCUCAUGUUAUCUCCAGUAUUGAUAAUUUUUAGGACUAAUCCUUCAGAGCGUCUCUUACGGCUUUUUGAAGUCAAGGCCAAACUGCCAUCGUAUGGCACGUGUGUGAUAUGCGGUUGCAUAUUGAAACAUUUGUAUAAAUCGUUUUUCCCACCCUGACUCACUUCUUAGUUGGCUCCAUUCAUUCCUUUUGUCGGCUCAUAAUUCUCUGUAUGCUUUGCAAGUGGAACAUCUCCCGGUGUCUGCAGUGGUCGGAGGAAAUGCGCACCACUGCCGAAACGGCCGUCUGGUGCUUUUUCGGAUUAUUGUUUAGCCCAUCUAGCUUGUAUUCUAAUCGCAAUGAAUUGAAUAAACCUGCUCCUGCGUAGUCGACUC